CCGGCCGCCCCCGCCCGCCGCAGAUAAAUCAGGCCGUUUACACUGCACAGAAAUGGAGGUUAUUGAAUCACUAGGGAUUAUUAUAUAUAAAGCCCUGGACUAUGGUUUGAAGGAAAAUGAAGAGAGGGAAUUAAGUCCUCCACUGGAACAGCUUAUUGACUACAUGACUAAUGCCACAGAAACAGAUGGGAGUAGGGAUGAAGGAUAUGAUGCUCUGGAUGAAGGAGUGGAGGAUGAUGAUGAUGACAAAGAGGAAGUUGAGGCCAUUCACUCCUAUAAAGAUGUCAUGAAGCUGUGUGCUGCCCACCUGCCAACCCGAUCAGAGGCACCCAACCACUAUCAAGCAGUGUGUCGGGCUCUGUUUGCCGAAACAAUGGAGCUCUACACUUUCCUGGCCAAAAUUAAAAGUGCAAAAGAGAACCUGAAGAAGAUUCAGGAAAUGGACAAAGAGGCAAGUGAUGAAUCAAGCACAGAUCUUGAUGAACUGAAAAAUGCUGACUGGGCCCGUUUUUGGGUGCAAGUGAUGAGAGAUUUACGGAAUGGUGUUAAACUUAAGAAAGUACAAGAGCGUCAGUACAACCCACUCCCCAUAGAAUAUCAGCUCACACCCUAUGAGAUGCUGAUGGAUGAUAUUAGAUCCAAACGCUAUACCUUAAGGAAGGUCAUGGUCAAUGGUGACAUCCCACCUCGAUUAAAAAAGAGUGCCCAUGAAAUAAUCCUGGAUUUCAUCCGAUCACGACCUCCAUUAAAUCCUGCGUCGGCAAGGAAACUGAAACCAACCCCGCCACGGCCCCGCAGCCUCCAUGAAAGGAUUCUGGAGGAGAUCAAGGCAGAGAGGAAGUUACGUCCAGUCUCCCCUGAUGAGAUAAGGCGUAGCAGGCUGGAUGUACCAACACCAGAGGCUGGAAGAGAAUUAGUGGAUGCCUCUGUAGUGAACGGUGGCCCGGCACCACAAGGAAAGCAGAACGGGGCCACACAAGUGGCAGUGCAACGCAAGAGACUCCUUAAGGCUCCCACGUUGGCUGAACUUGACAGCUCAGAUUCAGAGGAGGAAUCCAUGCACAAAUCAGGAAGCAGCAGCAGCAUCUCCCCCUCACAAGUGGAAGACCCCUCUCAAGAAGGCACCAGCAGCAGAAAGAUGCCUCCAAAGUUCUUGCCCAUAUCGUCUACGCCGCAGCCCGAGAGACGACAGCCACCUCAGAGAAGACACUCCAUCGAAAAGGAAACACCAACCAAUGAGGAGUUCUGUUACCCCGUGGAAUGUCUGGCUCUGACAGUGGAGGAGGUCAUGCACAUCCGUCAGGUGCUUGUGAAGGCGGAGCUGGAGAAGUACCAGCAAUAUAAAGAUGUCUACACUGCUCUCAAGAAAGGAAAGCUCUGCUUUUGCUGUCGAACAAGAAGGUUUUCUUUCUUUACCUGGUCUUACACUUGUCAGUUCUGCAAGAGGCCUGUAUGCUCACAGUGUUGCAAAAAAAUGCGGCUGCCAUCAAAGCCAUAUUCCACCCUCCCCAUCUUCUCCCUGGGACCUUCAACCUUGCAAAGGGGAGAAAGCUUCAUGAGGCCAGAGAAACCCUCUACCAGUCACCACCAUUCCCUGCGGAGCAGGUUGACCUCAAGGUCCAAGUCUGUGGAUAAGUCACAUGAAGAGUUUCCCAAAGAAUUAAUGGAGGACUGGAGCACAAUGGAGGUUUGCGUGGACUGCAAGAAGUUCAUCUCAGAAAUCAUCAACUCAAGCCGGCGCAGCCUGUCUCUGGCCAACAAGCGAGCCAGGUUAAAAAGGAAAACGCAGUCCUUCUACAUGUCAUCACCAGGAACCUCGGAGUACUGCCCCUCAGAAAGGACGAUCAAUGAAAUCUGAGCCGUGUGCCUUCUGCUUUGCUUCCGUCUCCAUGAGAUCAUCAUCCAUGAGCGAGGUCACUGGAACCAGAUUGUCACCCAUUGCUUCGUUCCGCUUGACUGGCUUGGGUUUGCAUUCCAUCACGGGAUUUCCUAUUCCAGCAGUUCCCAGAGACACAGAGCGCUGUGUUUGGAUCUGUGCAGGGUGAUACGCGACGGGUCAGCUGCUCGCGCUCAGAGAAAAUCAGUAGUUUGAAAUUGUUGCCUCUUUUGUAUGUGUGCGUCGAAAUGAGAAAGCCUUUUCUUGCUUUCAAUCUUUUUUUAACCAUGCUUUGAAUCAUUUUUCAGGAGAGGAGCUGAGAGCAGCUGUGUGAUGGAGAGCCAGAUCUAGCACAGUGUCAGUGUUAGCGCAGUAGCAAGCAGUAGGUCCUGCUGCAUUCCCACCCUUGGAAUGCUCACACCCUUGUUGAGGCAGCCAAGGGCCGUGUCACUCACCAGCGUGAGCAGCUCCAGUCAAAUCCAUCUUCCUUUGAACCAUUUUGGUUGCUCUGAGAUCAGGGUUCAGCACGGGACUCUGCAGUGUCCUGGGGCAAAGCAGGUGACAAAGCUCUUCGCCCGUGUGUUCGGUCAUACCCCUGAGCUGCUGUACUUCUUAAGCCUUAGUGUCCUUCUGAGUGACUCCUGAGCAGGUUUUAGUAGUUUACUUUCUAUCUUGAAUGUAUGAUAAUGACUACUAGUAGCAGUGAAUUUUAGUAGUAGACAAAGUUGUACAGUUUAUGGGGAGGACGGGAAAUAAGGGAGGCUUCUAAUUUUAACUGAAUACCUGUAACAUUGUUCUCGUGGUUACUCAGAGAAAGCAGUGAGUAAGGUGUAAAUUUGUAUUAUAAUGGAGCACACAGAUACUGCUAUAGUUCUGUCUGACAGCAUAUCCACUAGUAACCCCAUUUUUUCUGGGGUUUGUAACUUGGCUGUAAAAAUUCGUGUUCUGCUGAAAUUUGGGACGGUGCUCUCUCAGAUUGGGAGCGAUCUCUCUUUUUUUUCUGUAAUCUUUUUUUUCAUUCUUUCCCCCCUUUUAAUUCACUCACAAGGGAGUGCUAGACUAAUUGUUUAGAAGUUCCAACAACUUUACAUUAACUGACAUCUCAUGCUUUUUUGCACUUUUUUUGAUAUUCAAAAUACUUUUUUUUUUUUUAAUUCAGUCAUAGACAGAGUUUAGUCAAUAAUUUGGGCCAGAUCUUUUUGGUAUUUAAAAACAAGCUAACAUAGCCAAGUUAUUAAUACUUGAAAAUCAACUACUGUAACUUUUUUCAUAAAUUUUUUAAUACCCUGAGGCAUAUUUAAUACCUAUAUAGCGGUGUAUUAUAGAAUGACAUAGCAGAAAAGUUUCAGAUCUAUUUAUUAACAUUUCUAUACUUCGAGUUAAUGAGAGAUACCUCAGAACUGCUCCAAAGUAGCUGGGACUGGACUUCCAUAACAUAAUUUUAAAAGUGAAUUAACCAAAACAGCUUCCUCUGUUCAAAAAGCCCAAGAGACAGACUGCCUCUCUGGCCCUGGCAAGGCACAGUGCCCAGGCUGAGAGGCACCAGGGCUGCUUGGCUCCCAUUUGGCAGCCUUUGGAGCAGCCAUCCAUAUAGUUUCUUUUAGGCUGAUUUGAAAAGCACAUGCAAAAGUCUCUGUAAACCUUCCCAGGGAGUCAGCCAUCCUUAUUUUUUGUUAAAAGCCCCCUUGGAAAAUGAGAAUUUUUGCAUAUGUAGGGUUUAUUGAAAUAGUUUCGAUUUUUUUUCUGAACCAAUGUGAACAGGAAAAGCAGGGCUCAGUGCUAACUCUCCCUCUUUGCUGUCCCGUGUAAGGUCAGGUGUCACAGUCCUCUCCUCAUGGUACUUCUGGAAAAGUGUCUAGCCUGUUCAGGCACCUGGGAUGAGAUAGGGAUGCGGGAUUGCAGGGGAGCAGCACAGGCUGGCUGGUGGGAAAGGUUCUGCUGUUGCUGGAAGGGUCGCCCGAUCUCAGUCACAUCAGCACUUUUUCUUGUUUCUGUGCCAAAACCAGGCCGUGUGUUUGCUGCACAGUGCACCAGGGAAACCAGAGGGAAACAAAUGCAGGAAAUCUCACUUUGCAUCUGCCCUGUUGUUGUCAUGAUUUUUUCAUGGAGAUGCCCUGGCUAUGUUACAGUCCUCUGCUCACAGUCUGCUUCCCUGGUGUCCUCAAGCCACCGAGGUGCAGAGCAUCCAGCACAUUUAUUUUCCUCUUGGAGAGGAAUUUGGGAUGUUGUAGAGCAGGCAGGAUGAAGGACUAAGUAACUCCUGAGCCUACAAAGGCAAACAAGUCCUUCAUGGGUGUGCCCUGCUCCACUCUGGCAGUGUCUGGGGGUGGCUCUGGGGCAGUGACAGAGCCCUGUGAUCCGGCCUGUGCCUUCCCAGAAUUCCCACAAGUCCUUGGCUCAAGGCAGGCUCUGCUGUGCUGGGCAGGGAAGAAACACUGAAAAACAAUGCAGUGGUUGUACAGAUGGCUCCCUGUAGCUCACACAAGGCUGCCAUGGGCCAGGGCCUGGAUAACCUCUCUUUUUCCCUGGAAAAAACCCUCCAAGCUGCUGACACAUGCUGUGGCAGGCUCCAGAAGACAUGGUGUGAAGGGCUGCCUCUCCUCCUCGCUCCAUCCCUUCCUCCCUGGCACAGCUGCUCCAUCUUUUCCUGGCAUUUCGUUCCGCAAGAGGAGAAGCAGCGGGUUGGCUCAUCGUGGAAAGCCUAAAGGAGCUCAGCUCGCUGGUUGCCUGGCUUUGCAGAGUUGGCUAUUUUUAGCUUUCCGUCUCCUCCCUGCCUGCACCAGCAUCCCAAAUCCACUGCAGCCAUUGGCCCAGCACCCCGUGGUGCUGCCCAGCAUGUCCUAGUUACGGGCUGAACUUCACGUCAGCGUCGGAGGGGGAAAUCAGAAGCUUGUAAAUAUCUGUAAUAUAUUUAUUAAUAAUUAGGGAAGUCUCCAUCAAUCAUGCAAUGGGAAUUGACUUUCCCAUGAUGUUCUAAAAAGGAAAUGAGUCUUAUUUAUAUGUGUGUUGGCUGUUAUCUUUUAUUAGAGUUAACGCUUUCAGCCCCCUAAUACCGUUUGCACAUCUUAGAGAUAAUUACUGCUGAAAAGAACACAGCAGUAGCACAGUGAACUCUGUUCCAUGAAUUUUAAAAUUAUUUUCUUCUGGGUUUUUUUAGCUUUAUUAGUAUGCCCAAGGUCUGUCAAAAUAUGUCAUAGGAGACCCAAGGAGCUAAAAAUGCCUCUGGCAGCAUCAGUCUUGUUUUGUAUGUGAACCUGGUUGUGGGGAAUGCAAAACCAGCUCUGCCUCACAGCAGUGACGGAAGAUGUGAGCAGGCUUUUGCUACAGCUCUCAGACCUGACCUUUCAAGUGUUCAUGGUGACAGUAGUGUUUUUGAGGGGUUGUUGGGUUUUUUUCCCCUUUCUCCAUUACUUCCUUUAUACAGGGAGGGGUGUUAC